UAUCACGCAAAACACUACGGAUAUAGCAUAGCAUUUGCUGUAUGCCAGAGCCAUCCGGAUCUAGGACAAUUGGUCGCCGCGAAAAAAUGUCUAAAAUACCUUUAGAAGAUAGCCUAAAACGGAUUCGUAGCAAUAUUUACCCAAAAUUACAACCAAUAAAUUAUUUAAACUUAGUCAAUUCUAAAUGGGCCGCUACUGGUGGAAAAGACCAACAGCAAUUUCUACUUUAUAACAACAAAAAUAAUAGUAAUAGAAUUUUAGUUUUUGCUUCCCAGUUAUGUUUAAAAUCGUUAUCCUCAUCAAAACAUAUACUUAUGGGUGGCACUUUUGGAACCUGUCCUCCUGAUUUCUAUCAAGUUUGUAUUAUUCAUGCGCAAAUAGGGAAAAAUAAUUUACCAAUAGUUGACGCAUUACUCAAAAAAAAAAAAAAUUCAAAAUAAAAAUAAAAAUAAAUGCUAGUGGUUUUAAAAAAAUAUUGUUCUUCGGUUAAAGUCAUUACGAUUGAUUUCGAACAAGCAAUGAUAAAAGCCAUUGAAAACGUAUUUGAAAAUAAAAUAACUAUUCAAUGUGUAAUAUUGUAAUAAAAUACAAAGAACAUAAACAAUUUAGACAAGCUGUAAAGCUAAUAAACGUUUUGGCAUUCUUACCUGUGAAUAUGAUUAGAAAAGGAAUAUCUGUAUUAUAUGAAACAUUUAAUUACAAUGACGAUGUAGACGACAUUUUAACAUAUUUUAAUGCAACAUAUAUGAAUGGUAUUUAUAAAGCAACAACAACGGCAUUUGGAACCACGUAUUUAAAACGCCAACCAUCAAUUUUUCCACCUCAUUUAUGGAAUGUAUUUAAUGCUUCAAAAAAAGGUUAUGCUCGCACUAAUAAUAUAUUUGAAGCAUUUAAUAAUAAAUUUAAAAAUAUUGUUAGAAUUAAACAUCCAAAUAUUUAUAUUUUCAUUGAUUCUAUACAAAUAAUCAAUUCAACAACUAUGAUAUCGUUGACAAAAAAUUUAAUGAUGAUGUUUUUUUAA